UGUCGUGCACGUUCUUUUGUGAUCUCUAUCCGUAAGUUUAAAACUCUCUAGCAAAGCAAGUCGUUUUAGUGCCAAAAAAGAAGCAAAGUUUCCUUUCCUUCUUUUCAUAUUUAGUAAACAAUAUUUUUCCGUGAUCGAGUUCGUCUCCGAAGCAAAAGAGGAUUGAGAAUGUCCGCUGCUGCAGCUCCUCAUCCUGAUGCUCCUGCAGCUUCUCCUUCUUCGCCUUCUCCUUCUUCUGUAUCUGAAUCGAAGGAAGAAGCGGUGAAAGAUGAACAGAAUCAAGAACAAGAAAAGCAAGAAGAUAUUAAAGAGUGCAUGCACAAGACUAAGACAAUCCAGUUCUUAGGUCGUACCACCCCUAUCAUUCUCCAAAACGACAAUGGACCUUGCCCUCUCCUCGCCAUCUGUAAUAUUCUCCUUUUAAGGAACAAUUUGAACCUGAGUCCUGAAAUAGCCGAAGUUUCGCAGGAGAAAUUGCUUUCACUGGUGGCCGAGCGCCUCAUUGAUUCCAACAGUAAUGUCAAUAAUAAAGAUGCAGGAUAUGUUGAGAAUCAACAGCAGAAUAUUGCGGAUGCCAUUGAUUUACUCCCACGUCUUGCAACCGGGAUUGAUGUAAAUAUAAAAUUCAGGAGAAUAGAUGAUUUUGAGUUCACUCCUGAGUGUGCCAUAUUUGACCUGCUUGAUAUUCCCCUUUAUCAUGGUUGGAUUGUUGAUCCUCAGGACUACGAAACUGCUAGUGCCAUUGGGUCAAAAUCAUAUAAUGCAAUUAUGGGAGAGCUUGUGGCAUUGGAAACACGAAAUAUGGAGGUUUCACGUAAACAUAAUUCUGAAGAUUGUGUGGAUUUUGCUGCUGCAACAACGGCCACUCUAGGAGUUCCGUCUCCUAGCCUGUCAAAAACCAGAUCUUUUGAUGACUCUCCUCGUUCUGCAUCUGAUCAGCAAAGAUUAAGAAAAGGAGAUCUUGAGGAGGAAGCAGAGUUGUUGAGAGCCUUGAAAUUAUCAGAGGCUGAGUUGCCAACCUCAGUUGGUGAUCCUGGCAGUUUAGAUGAAAGAUCAUGUUUAAAGAACCUUGUUUCAGUAGACUCUGUAGAUACACCAGAGGGGGACAAAGGUGUUGAAGAUCAAAACUUGCAUCCGCAUGAACCAUCCUUUUCUGCUAAUUGCAAUGCCUUGAGCAAUGAUAGUGGUAGUAAGACAUUUUUUGAGACCAUCACAAGGGAAGUGUCCUCAAAGACUGAUGGGGUUAAUCAGAAUCAAUCAUCGUAUGUUAUAUCUGGAGAACUUACCCUUUCUAAUGACGCGGUUGAGAAGAGUGGUGUUGAGACUAUGGUUGUUAAGGGGAGUAGUGCUGAUGAAUUAAUCCAGAUUGAAGGUGCGGUUCCUGUUUCUCUGGCAAAGGGUACUGCAUGUAUAGAUAGAAACAACACUGAAAUUUCCCCAGGGGGUGAAAAGAUUGAGACUCAAUCCACUUCUGCAACUGAUGCUCAAAAAAUUCCAGAUAAUGUGAAUGGAUGUGACAUGACAGAAGUAUCAUCCGUGUCUAUACAAAAUGCCGAUUCUGAUUCAUCUAGUGGAAGAAUGCAUCAUGCUGAUGUGCCAGAAGCUUUUACUUCUAGUCUUGAUGGAAGUGAACCUAUAUAUGAAGGAGAAGAAUGCAUAUUAGAUUCAGUAACAACAACAUAUGAGGACCGGGAGCCUAUAUAUGAAGGUGAGGUGAUUCUUGCAGAACAAGCUGACAAAAAAGCUGUAGAGGGCUGCAAUGUGAGGUCUAAGGAUGAAAUUACUCCACAACAAGGGGAACUGAUUGCAAACUUCUUGAAGAACAACGCCAGUCAAUUGACCUUUUAUGGGCUUUUUUGCUUACAAGAUGGUCUUAAAGAACGUGAGCUUUGUGUUUUCUUUCGUAAUAAUCAUUUCAGCACCAUGUUUAAGUAUGACGGUGAACUCUAUCUACUAGCUACUGACCAAGGCUAUCUAAAUCAGCCUGAUUUGGUUUGGGAGAAACUAAAUGAGGUCAAUGGAGACACGCUGUUUAUGACUGGUAACUUCAAGGAAUUCAAGGUUGAUAGUCAUGCCAGUGGCACUUGGGAUGAACAAAAUGCGAUGGCUAGUACUGCUGACUACAUUGCCAGCAUUGAUAGUGCAGCUCAAGCAGGAUUGGACAUAACCUCUGAUUUACAACUUGCAAUAGCUCUACAGCAACAAGAGUUUGAACAACAGCCGCAGCGUCAGAAUGUGCAGCAGCCACCCGUUGUAGGAGCUUCAAGAUUAGUAACAGGUCCCCAGGUGCCAAGAAACAGUGGAAGGAACUCUUCAUCUUCAUCAUCAAAGCAAGAUGCAAAAUCAAAAGACAAGUGUAUCGUGAUGUGAGUUCUCGCCAUCAAUGCAUUUGGGAGGUCUCUUAUUGUAAAUGGUUUGUCUGUCUUGGUCCCAUUGUAUUUCGACACUAAUAAAACCCUUGAUUAACCAUGCAUGGCAUUUUAGAUCCAAGGUUUUGACUGUAAAAAAGAAAAAGAAGGAAGUAUAUACCGCAAUAGCACUUCAAUCUAUUCAAAGCCUACAAUCAAUCUAUCGUCCAUGCUAGCAGCGUACUCUUCAACAAUUUUUAUGUUAUUUUAAGCAUCCACGUUUCUCGGAAAUUGCAAAUUUUGUGGUCCCAAUCAUAAGCAAGUUCAGCGUGACCCGUGGGAAACUUGAACGCACCUCACCUCACCUCGAUCAUGGAAGCGUAGCCCAGAGUGGAAAAAGUCAUGGUGGGAACAUUGUUAUCAACGCAGCAGCACAUUUGGGACAGGGGCGUGAUGGUGAUGGAGCAGAACAAAUUGACUAGAGCAGCAUUUGGGGAUUCAAUUUUUGAAAGAGUCGGUGUAUGGCGUAGGGUUUGUUCUCUCUGGUCAAUUCUCGAUGCCUUCAACAUCAAUUGCUUCUUGUAGUGUCAGCGUCGACCAAGGUUUGGGCCUUAUCUUUAAGUGACAUGUCACUGGAGUAACCAGAAUCUAUAACCACUUGGCAUCCGGUAAUAAAUGUACGUGUUCAAUUUCUUAGUCA